UGAAAAAGGAAAUUUCUUGAGAAGCGAAAGUUGUUUGUUCUUGAUUUUUCUUCAACCCAUCUUCUUAUAAAUUCUCUGUUUCGUUGCAGAGAGCUCUAAAAGAAACACCUUUCGCUCUGAAGUUUCUCUCGUCGAAAUUUAGGGAUUUUGUUCAUUAAAAUCUUCCUGAUUUGGAAGGUAUUUUCAUUGUCUUCUUCUGGGUUUAUUCCUUCAAAAAAUUCAAUCUUUGUCGGGUCAUUAUGAGUAAUUGGAGAAGACAAAAACCCAGAAACAACAACAAUCAUAAUUAUAACCAUCAACGAGGGACGACGACGAUGACGCAAUCAGCAUCAAAGCCACCUCUUGCUAAUUGCAAGCUCUCUGUUCCGGCGUGGGAGAAGGAUUUCUGUGCUGUGAUUGGUUCAGUUCCAUGGUGGAAAGUUGUAGAGGCGAAGAGGUUUAUGCACAUAUACGAUAGAGUAGUCCAAUGGGACGACUCAGCGGGGGAAGUCGCAUUCAAGAACGCUAAAUCCCGGUUCUGGGCAGAGAUAAAUGGUCUUACUUGUGACUUAUCUUUGCCUGAUCCUGAUGUCUACAUUGAUGAUGUUGAUUGGGAUGCUGAAGUUGACACCGAGUUGAUACUUGACCUUGAACGUGGUCCAGACCCUUUAGCAGAAGAACAGGAGCAUGUCGUGAUACUCGAUGCUUUGGUCUUGUCUGGACAAUAUAGCGGGCUCGGUUGGGGAACGGGUUGGGGAGACGCUGAAGGGAUUAACGAGGAGAAUGUUGGAACGGGUAAACCAGAAAACUCAUGGGAUAAUCAGAAAUGUGAUGGAUGGAAUGAAGAUUCUUGGGGGAUAAAGGAGAAAACUGAAUGGUGGGAUCAUAACAACAACAACUUCAAUGCCGAAUCUUGGGAUCAGAAGAAAUGCAACAACAACAGCUUCAACCACAAGAAGGUUGAGAAUUGGAAUGGUAGGGAACAAGGAAGAGAGAGCAGAGGGUGGAGAAAGAGAGGAGAAGUUCAACAUGGAGGAGAUCGAGUGGAGGAUUGUCGAUGGAGGAAUGGGAGAGGGAGAAGCAGAGGCGGGUUUCAGCAGCAUUCGUCGAAUGCUUGGGGUUGGACUGAAUCCUUCUGAAUCAGACAGAGAGUCUCUGUUGAUAAUACAUUUUUGAGGAAAGAGCUGUAGUAUAGUAGGUUAACUAUAUCGUGUGAGUGUGGUGUGGUGUGUGUGUGUGUAGAAGUUUAGAAUCAUAUUGAUGGCUCAAAAUUAUUUUGUUUAAAUGUUUCAGAGGAUCUUAUUACUUAAAUGAUAUGCGCAUAUAAGUUUCUGGGUGA